UGUCUUCAUCAGCUCUGCAUUCGGCCAGCAGCAGCAUACUCUCGCUGCUCCAAAAGCUGUUUAGUGUUUUGUAAGAGCUUAAGCGUGCAGGAAAAUCAUGAAUUGAAAAUGUGACAGUUCGACAGUCAGCGUGUGUCCAACUCUUUACUAACAAACAUCGAUGCUGCUCUUUGUCAGAGCCUGUUUCUUUCUUGCUUUCUCUUCUGCCAGCUCAUAUCUGGAUUUUGCUCUUGUUCCAAGCUCCAUCUCUCUGCGUGUUUGUGACUGGGGAAGCAUUGUCAUGGUUCAUUGGAUGUAAGGACCUGUGUUUCCAUUAAAAAGCUAAAUAACACAGAAAAGAGGAAAAAGAAGGAUUCUCACUGACAAACUGUACCGGUAAAGAUGAAUGUUCCGGAGGCUUCAGGAGACCCAGAGGGAGAAGGCAGUGAUGACUUAACAGGAAGGAAAAAGUCUAGAUUAAAGUCUUUUAAGUCACGCCUGUUUGGGAAGAUAAGGAGGAAAGAGGAAGUCGGUGGUAUGAAGCAGAGUCAGUCUGAAAGUGAUAUCACAUGGGGUGUAGAAGAUUCAGACUGCUCCAAAGGCAUGCUGGGAUCUUGGGCAUUUUCACAUGACAGCAUUUUCCAGGCAGAACAUGGUCAUUCAGACACUGAACCGCUAAGAAUUCUGUCUCAAGAGAACAUUCAUGGCAAAAUUCAAGUUCUUCAGAUGAAACUCCAGCAGCAGAAGAUGCAUUUAGGCCCUCCCUCCCUUCUGUUACCCAUGAAACGUCGUGAAGGCUUAGGUGGAAGUUCAGAAGAUGACUGCCUUCCUCGUAGCCCCCCUGAAGUGUCCCGUGGCGAAGGACUGUGCAUCAGCGUAUCGAACAAGGGCUCUUCACAGCCUCUCUCUCCUCAUCCUAUAAGCCCAGCACCUUCACCUCUUUCCCCACUUUCCCCUGGCUCAGGGGUAGACUUCAGCACCCCUCCACAGUUGACGUCCCUCCUGGACAACUCUGCUGCCCGUCACCGUAUGUCCCUCAAACCUAAGAACCAAAGGGCCAGUGCCAAGAACAAGAGGGUAAUCACUUCAACUGGAAGCAGAGCACGAUCUGAGAGUUUGAACAAUCUGGACUGUUCAUUGACUAUGAGGGAGGAAGAGGAAGGGCUGGCUCUCGUAAAAGAGAUACCUCGAGCUCACUCUUAUUCCUCUCAGGUCUUGCGCCCAGGGGAGAGGUUUACGGCUUCACAAAUCAAGAGUUUUCCAGUUUCAUCUUUAAUGACUCUGCAGACUGCUGGAGAUAGUAGACGAGUUUCUGCUGAGCCUGAGCAUGAGAGAAAAAUCCUGUCCAAAUCCCCUCCGAGCCCUAGCCUAAGAGAUAUGACUCCAAUUGAGUCUCCAGUAGCCAAACUACCAAUCCCAGUGGUGCCAAUUGAUAGAAAGGGAAAAGGAGAAGCAAGUGAGAUGCUCAAUAGCUCCAAACUUCACAAGAACAGUCAAAGUAAUGUUGUGUCAACAGUAAGCCCAGCUGUAGGACCAAAUGUGAGUACAACACCAGAACCAAGUCAUGUGAAAGAUGAGAAAUCGAAUGCUAUGCUAAUACAGACCAAGAUGGACACAUUGAGCAAAUAUAGUUUUCAGAAUGCAGUAAAUAUAGAAAAUCGUCUGGCCUCUACUUAUGCUCCAAGCAACGUGUUUUGUGAAGUGAAUGUAAGACCAUCGUCUUUGAGGCCAACUGUUCCAUCUACAGAUGAAAAACAAGAGUCCAAGACUCUUCAGCCAGUCAGCACAGUGUCGGCUGUUAGUCAGGAAGAUCACUCUCAAACAGAAUCCAUAAAGCGCCAGAGAACUGUGUCUGGAUCAUUCCACUUCAAUGUCUCCACAGAUAAGAAUCAAGAGCGGCCGAGGACUGCAAGCUUCACUGGAGUAGUUGGGCAAGCUGGACUGAAAAAAGAAGCUACCGAACCUACUAAACCUUCUUUAGAUUUCAAGAUAGAGCGGCAGGUAAGUUCACAAGUUGAGAAAACAAUAAAAAACCCAUUUGCUAACUUACCACCAGUAUCAAAGAAGGAAGACAAAAUAGACUUUGAUCCAGUGAUACCAAUGGAGGAGAAUCAGGACAACAAGAUACAUGAGAUUGGUGUAGAGGCUACUGAGGAUGUGAUGGAGGACAUGACUGCUGGAAUAGAGAGGGAGACUACAAAUGCAUUUGGAGUGAAGCUUCGCUCUACCUCUCUUUCGCUAAAAUUUCGUUUGGACAAAGCUCAAUCAGAAGACAAGGCAAAAGGCCACAGUGUUGAAGUCAGUUUGCUGACUCCACCUCAGGCCUCACAGUCUGAUUCAACCUGCAACAUAAAAGCAGAAGAUCAACACACCAGCCCGGGGUCUAUAAGACUCCAUACUAAACUCAAAGACCCUUCUCUCCAAACCAAUGAGUCCUCAACCUCAGUUCAGUCCUCCAGUUCACCACCCAAGGGUUUCUGUAGAGACAAAGAGAGAGCUGGAUUUCUCAGACAUACUGAACCUCCUCAGCCCUUACCAUCAGCCAGCAAAGACAUUAAGAUUGCACCUUCACCCUCGACAGAAGGUACUGACCUGCAUCGAGAAGAGACUACAGCAGUGUCCUCUCAGGAGAACACACCAACAUCUACAGCUUCAGAGGUGUCCUGGAUGGAGAUGGCCAGAGAGAAAACCAGAAGUCUGCAACAGCUUUUUACCAGUAGACUGCCUGAGUUUCCUAGUUUGCAAUCACGGCCAACUACCUUGACCACAACACAACCACAAAUGCAAACAUCCACUUCACAAGCCAAUCCAAGAGUCGCUCAGAACAUUACAAGCCAGCCGACAGCUACACAACCUCCUUUAAGACCUACAGAAACAAAACAACUGCCAUCUGCACAGCCAUCUGGACGAUCCACACAAUCUACCACACAGUUCACUCAGACUACAGCAUCAACAAGCCAAACUUCAGCAAAUUCAACUCAGACAACCACUAGUCAAUCUCAAAUAGAAAGCACCAGAGAAGUCCAGUUUCAGUCCAAAACUCAAAUUUGUAAUUCAACAACAAAACCAACUCAGUCUACAGUUACAUGUACAUCAAACGUACAAUCCACCACUCAAGCCGUACUCACGGCAUGUGCACAAGCUUGUGCACCACAGUCAUCACCACUACGAGCAGCAUCACAGACCUCCACACAGGCUAUACUGCGUCCCACACCUCCCCAAGGUUACCCACAUUUGUCGUCAAGCCCAAAGUUAACCUCCCACCUAGUCUCCCAACAGUCUGCCAAUACUGUGUCAAAGGAUCAGCCUCAGAAUGAGGUGGGAGAGCUCAUUGUAAUCUCAGGGAAAGCUGACAGGGCGUCUGUGCCUCAAGGCAAGGGGACCGGGUUCGAGGAUGGCAGACCAGUGUGGGCAGCAGGAUUAGGAAACAAGACCUCGCUGGUGCAGCGCUGGGAGACUCAAACAACUGUUGCAACCAAGACAGGUGAGCAGAAACCCCCAUCAGAGUCCCGAAGCCCAUCUCAAUCAACAAUUCCUCUCAGACCGAUCUCAAAAGUCUCAGGUACAAGCACAGGAUUCGACCCAAGUAUGCCAACGCAAGCAUCAGUCUCUUCUGUUCCCAUGAGACAAACAGACAGAGAGGAUAAAUGGCAGCAGAAACAAUCAUCAUCACCUUCAUCGUCACCUUCAUCAUCUCCUCUGCAGUCUGUUCGUGACAGUGCCCAACCAUCCUGGAUGGAGCUGGCCAAGAGGAAAUCCAUGGCAUGGAGUGACAAGACUAUGGACUAAAAAAAACAUAAUAAAAACAUGGAGGUAGAGUUUACAAAUGCAGGGUUGAGUCUGUGUAUACCGUUGAAAAGGAGGAUAUGAGGACAUCCAUUGAAUCCAAAGAACUGUACUCAAGUUAUUGGUUUGUUGAUGUAAAGCAGUGUGGUCUUGAUGAACCACUGUUGGUUUUGUAAAUUCUUGAGGAAAACUUGAACAUUCAGCAGUCAUUUAUCUUAAUACUGUUUGCCUUCUACCUUCUCUUGUGAGCUGCUUGCAUUAGUAUGAAUGUAUGCACUCAAAAUAGGUACCAACAUUUUUGGAAUGAAACAAAAUAAAAGGGAGAAGUAUACUGUGAGCUAUGAAGCCACAUUCUCUUGCAACACUGGGUUAACAGCACAACAGAAUGCAGUGAAUGUAGAUCAGAGGUGGACAGAGGAAAUCAGAAAAAAAAUUCAGGUUCAGACUCAAGCAAAAGCACCCCGAGUGCUCAUAAAUAGAAAAGUUUGGUAUGUUUUAAUCACUCACACGUGUGCAAACACACACACACACCUGUACAUGUACAGCUAUAGAAUUCUCUCCCAUGUGAUAUGUUGCUCAUUGUUUCUCAGGAUUAACCAUUGUUUUCUUGUGAAAAUGUUGUUUGAGUAUUCGUUUAUUUAUUAUGUCCUUUCCAAUUACCCAUUUUAUUUUUUUCCUUGAAUUCCAUCCAGUAAUUUGUAUAUUUUGUGACAUCAUAUCACCUGUUUCAGACAACUCUUAUAUGUCUGUUUAUGUUAAAUGUUAAAUUAUUUGGCUGUAAAGAAUAAAUCAAAGUAUUUGGA